AUGGCCGACGAAGAUCAACCAAGCUACGAAAUCAACAGUGGGGAUGUGAAUAUCAGCGAUCACUACUUCAUGUGUCACUUUCGCUGGGCCAAGCCGCCUGGCCAUGGAUCCAAGACUAUGGAAGAAGCCCAGGCGCGAAUCGAUCAGCUCUACCAGGAUGGAGUCCCGUUCUUUUCCAAGGAGAUGAUUCGGGUUGCCUUUGAGCAGUGCCAGCACAAGCCUCCUCGUGGUGAAAAGAUCUACGUCAAAGAUAUCACUGGGGCGUUGGUCGAGUUUGAGAGCCAGACGGGGGAUGUCAAGGGGGAUAUUGACAAAGACGGUGUCAAAGUAGAGUAUAUCCUACUCGAUCCAGUGCUUUCAUACGACUGUCGGGCUCAUCUGAAACACCAGCUCUGGUGGGCAGGUAUCCGGGAAGACCGGCCCCCAUUCUGCAGUAUAACAAUCCAACACCCUUCUCUCAAUCGCAAGGCCAAAACCAAGGAACUUGUGAAUCCCUGGCCAACGGAGCCUCGUGAACAAGUCACCCAAAUAUUCCAGGAACAUCUGCAGAAAUGGCGAGACACCGAGGCCGCUAAGCGACUCGUUCAGACCCUCACUACGCACGUGGCGACCCAUCAAAUCAACAAGAUCGUGGCUCUGGCGUUGGGUGCGAUUUCAUACGCUUGUGAUGAUCGUCCGCGCUCUCAUAUCCAACAUGCUUUGUUGGUGACGCUGCGGAAGUGGCUCGCUGAUCGAGACGGGAGGGAGGAUGUCAUGUGCUACGCCCAGGAUCCUGCUUAUCGGUCUGUUGAUCGAGAGGUACUGAAUGAGCAUGGGAUUGAGGUGAUUGAUGAUCCUCGGGCGUGGCUGGAAAUUGACGACGAGUCCAUUGUGUUCUCGGUGGGCCCUAAUGUGCCCGUUAAGGAGAUUGUGGCCGAUAUUGCUCGACCGGCGGUUAUUAUUUGGGAGCGGGUUGGAUGUCUGGAUGGUGAUGAAGAGGGGAAGAUGUCUUGUACGGAUCCUGAUUCUGCUCGGGUGCGGGCUAUGCUGGAGAAGUAUGAGCUGUUUGACUUUGGUGUUGAAGAUGAUGACAACUUUUGCCGGUCAGUGAUGUAUGUUCGACGGUGUCGAGGGUGA